AUGACGAUUGCAGAGGAGUUCAAGUCAAGAAAUUUCAGUAUCUAUGGGCAAUGGUAUGCUUUGAACCUCAAACCCCUUUCCAUGUAUAUUCCUUUCGGCAUAAUAUCAAUAAUUUACUCCCCGAUUCUACUUUUUAUCGAGGUUCCGUUUCUUCUUCGAAUCUGUCCCACGUCCUCGAAAUUUGAUGCCUUUAUUCGUCGCUUCACCACAAACUUCAUGCGCGCGAUUGUAUAUGGUGCGAUGAGCGCUGGCUUGUGGCUCAGCCUCAUCAUUGGAACCUCGGCCUUGAUUGCACCGGCCGUGGUGCUAGCCAUUGCUGCUUUCUUUUACCUUGUAGCAGGCUUGAUGAAACAAGAAUUUACCGGCAGCAAGACGCUUGGCGGCCAAGGAGUGGCCCAGAUGAUUGUGUAA